GAGAUCAAGGGAUCUGUCUUCGGUCUUAUUGCUUUGGCCACGCGCGGGACGGUCAGUUAUAACCUUCAAGUCGUGUCGUUACUGUCCAAACUGUGUGUGCUCUGGGAGAACACAGGAGAAAGAAUGGCCGCUACCACUCAUUUCAGAUCACUGAUUCUACUGUUUAGUUCCUUGGUUUGGACAUCCCAAGCCUUGGUUGAUACAAAAUUGACUGGGACAUGGUCUUCUAAGUCGCGUCAAGUCGUUACGGGGCCGGGCUUCUAUGACCCCGUGGCAGACGCAUUUCAAGAACCUCCGUUGACAGGAAUAUCUUACUCUUUCACGGACGAUGGUCACUACGAAGAAGCAUACUACAGGGCUAUACCUAACCCAACACGUCCCGAUUGCCCCAAGGGUAUAAUGCAAUGGCAACAUGGCACUUAUUCACUCCAAACGAAUGGAUCACUUGUAUUGACACCAAUUGCUUCCGAUGGCCGUCAGUUGAUGUCGGAUCCAUGUGCGGGACAUUACUCGACGUACACGCACUACAACCAGAGUGUGCUCUUCGAGAGUUACCGAAUAUAUACCGAUAAGUACCAUGGCAUCCUGCGGCUUGAUUUUGCCCAGUUCGAUGGGUCCCCGUUGCAACCGCUAUACAUCCUCUAUCGGCCCCCUGCUAUGUUGCCCACGACGACAUUGAAUCCCACUGGCAAGACAACUGCUAAGGCAAAGAGGGCAGUCACGGUUGAAAGGAACCAUGAAUCUUCAAUGAUAAGGAGAAUCGACCCCGUUGUCAUUGAACGCUGGUGGUGGUUCGGAAUAAUCUCAACUUCUGUCGGCGGGUUGGUGCUGUGGUGCUCUUAAUUCGGCUUCUGCAAGCCAGUAUUCGUUAUAUUCACGCUAGCAUGUAUAUUAGACAAGCUGUCAUUUCGCUUGAGAGACAGAGGGGGAAUUCAAGAUCAAGUACUCUGCA